CCUUCUCUUCUUCUUUGUUGUUCAAAGCUGAGGUAUUCCCGUACAUGAUCACCGGUGGUCGGAGGACCGAUAUGUCCAAAGCACCAUGGCGCAAGGACUCGCAACGGCUACUUUUACGAAUUUUUGCUCACUCCGCAAACUCAGAAGUUCGAAACCAUGCCCAUCUGCACCCCUGCAUUUCAGAUCUUACGGUGUUUACAAUGGUUUUGCGAUGGAACUUCAUGCUAAGAAGAAGAGAGGUAUCGUGGGUGUUUUAAGAGUUUCCCAACGGAAUGCUGGUUACGUGCAGGGAGGGAAUCGGUUGGCCUAUGAUUUUAAAAGUUUGUGCAGAGAAGGAAGAGUAGAAGCAGCUCUUGAGCUUCUGGACGACAUGGAGAGGCGGGGAAUUUGUGUUGACACGAAUAGCCUUGUUGCUUUGCUCGAAGCUUGUGUCAAUUUCAAGUUGUUGGAAGCCGGAAGAAAGGUCCAUGAUUACAUAAACAAAUCUAUUCCUAGACCUAGCAUUUUAGUCCUUAACGAAUUAAUCGAGUUUUAUUGUAAAUUGGGCAGUACGGAAGACGCCCGUAGAGUCUUCGAAGAAAUGCCCGAAAGGAAUUUGGAUUCUUGGAAUAAGAUGUUGAUGGGUUUGGUAGAAAAUGGACAAGGAGGAGAAGCCCUUAGUCUGUUUAGCGAGAUGAAAGGAGUUGGAAUCAGGCCUGACAAGUCUACUUUCUCUGGUGUUCUGAUGGCUUGUAGAUGCUUAGGAGAAGUUGAACGAGGACAAGCACAUUUUGAAUCAAUGACAAAGGAUCAUGGAAUUGCUCCUUCCAUGGAACAUUAUGCAAGCAUUGUCGAACUUCUAGGAAAAUCAGGAAAGAUAGCUGAAGCCAAGCGGUUUGUGGCUAAGAUGCCAAUUGAACCAAAUUCCCUUGUAUGGGAGACGCUGGGAAAAUUCUCAACGGCUGGAUUGAAGGAUCAGAUAACUGAAUUAGCUCCUCCUAAGUCUCCUCCUGCGUUGAAACUGAGAAACAAAAAGAAAAUACAGAACAAUUCAGGUUCGAAACGAACUGUGAACCCAAAGAAGAGUGAGGCCUAUGAAAAGCUUAGGUCUUUGAAUGAGGAGAUGAAGGAAGCAGGUUACGUGCCAGACACAAGGUAUGUGUUUCAUGAUAUUGACCAAGAAUCAAAAGAGAAGGCCUUAAUGUAUCACAGUGAGAGGCUAGCCAUUGCUUAUGGGCUUAUCAGUACACCCCCAGGAACCACACUCAGAAUCAUGAAGAAUCUCAGGAUUUGUGGGGACUGUCACAAUGCCAUCAAGAUUAUUUCGAAGAUUGUUGAGAGAGAGAUCAUUGUAAGGGACAACAAAAGGUUUCAUCAUUUCAAGGAUGGCAAAUGUUCUUGUGGGGAUUACUGGUAGGAGAAUGUUUGAAAGUGGAUUUAUCAUGCCAAUCCUUUUCUUGUGUAGAUAAGCAGUUCCUUGUGUAAUAUAUCUCUUAUCAGUUAUCAUUUAGGAAUAUGUUUUAUAAGAUGCCCAUAGAUGCAUUAAACAGAAAGAACUAGCAUAGUCCAAUUGGAUUAUUCUUCUUUUCUCUUUUC